AAGCAAUUCCACUUAAAAGCGCGAGUUGGUCUUGAGUGGAAGGGUUCCGAAUAUUGUAAAUAUCGGCGCUUUGUUCGGAGGUUGUAAAAUCUGGCUUGCAGUACGGCUAAACAGCGAUCGAGGCUGCGAACUGUCCGAUAGACUCAUGAAGAAGGGCGACUGACAACAGCAAGCAAAAUGUAUGGUUUUGUGAAUUAUGCCUUGGAGUUGCUUGUGGUACGCAACUUUGGGGACGAGGCUUGGGAAAACAUCAAAAAAGAGGCUGGUCUAGAAAUGGAUGGCCAUUUUCUUGUUCGUCAAGUGUACGAAGAUGCCAAGACAUACGAUCUUGUUGGCGCAGCAUCCAAGGUCCUUAAUUUACCAGCAGCAGAUAUCCUACAGUACUUCGGGAAGAUGUUCUUCGAGUUUUGUCAGGAAUCGGGAUAUGACAAAAUUCUACAAGUUUUAGGCGGAACUACAAGAGAUUUCUUACAAAACCUCGACGCUCUGCAUGACCACCUUGCCACCAUUUACCCGGGCAUGCGUGCUCCCUCCUUCCGCUGCACAGAGAGACAGGAAGAUGGAGCACUGAUACUACACUACUAUUCAGAGCGAGACGGACUGGAACCGAUUGUGAUUGGUAUUGUGAAAGAGGUAGCGCAUAAACUUCACGAAUCAGAGGUGGACGUUGAGGUUAUCAAGCAUAAGUCUAAGGACUGUGACCAUGUACAGUUCGCCAUCACUCACCGAGACAAACAGACGAAUGAAUACACAUCCGUUUCAACUGGCCACCAUGAUAUGUUCUCUAAAAAGAAGAAAAUCAGUCCCGCCACGUUUUGUCGAGCCUUCCCGUUUCAUUUUAUGUAUGACCGUAACAUGGUAAUAAGACAAGCCGGGUCCUCUUUACAACGAGUUAUCCCUCAGACCGGAAGUCCCUCAUGUCGCGUCGACUCAGUGUUCGAGAUGGUUCGUCCACACAUGGACUUUGAGUUUAACAAUGUUCUAUCACACAUUAACACUGUUUACGUGUUAAGGACACAAGCUGGGGUACUGGACUCAGACGGGUUGUACAUACACACAAACAUUGCGGAGCAAAAUGACAUUUCUCGCAUGCGUCUAAAGGGUCAAAUGAUAUACGUUCCGGAAUCGGAUAUGAUGUUGUUUUUAUGUUCUCCAAGUGUGACAAAUUUGGACGAUUUACAUAGAAAGGGUCUUUACUUGAGCGACAUUCCUCUGCAUGACGCUACUCGUGACCUCGUGCUGCUGUCCGAACGGUUCGAGGCGGACUACAAAUUGGCAAGGAACCUCGAAGUACUAAACGACCAACUACAACAAACCCACCGCGAGUUAGAAGAUGAAAAAGCCAAAACAGACAGAUUAAUGUACUCUAUUUUGCCAAUAUCUGUGGCUAACGAGCUGCGCCAUCAGCGCCCGGUUCCUGCCUCCAAGCACGAAAAAGUCACCCUUUUAUUCAGCGGCAUCGUAGGAUUCAGCGAGUUCUGUGCUCAGCAUUCGGACGCCGAGGGGGCUAUAAUGAUCAUCAAUCUUCUGAAUGAUGUCUACGUCAAGUUUGAUGAUCUCCUAAAAACUAAUCCCGAUGUUUACAAGGUCGAAACAGUUGGUGACAAAUACAUGGCUGUCAGCGGGCUUCCGGAACCUUGCACUGAGCAUGCGCGUUGCAUUGCAAGACUUUCUCUGGGUAUGAUGGAUAUUUCGAACCAUUUGAAAGACCCAUACGGGAACCAGAUAGUGAUAACCAUUGGCAUUCACUCUGGGGAAGUUGUUACAGGAGUAAUUGGUAAGCGCAUGCCCAGAUACUGUUUGUUCGGAAACACUGUGAACCUGACCAGUCGAACAGAAACAACGGGGGUCAAGGGCCGGAUUAAUGUGUCAGAGUAUGCCUACAGAUUUCUCAACUCGCCGGAAAACUUUGAUCCCGAGUUCCACUUCGAACACAGAGGGUGUGUAAAAAUGAAGGGUAAGCCGGAACCGAUGGAAUGCUACUUCAUGACAAGAAAAGCUGUCGUAACGAAAUAAUAGCACACAUAGGAAUAUACUAGAAUAUGGUUGUAAUGGAUAUUAUUGUAAUCAUCACAACAAGUGAAGAACAUCAGCAUAUGUGCUGUAUUCUGUAAAUAUGACGGACAUUUAUAUUCUGUAAAUAUAACUGACAAACAUGUAGAUGUCAUUUGUAAAUAUGACGGACAUUUAUGUUCUGUAAAUAUGACGGACGUAGAUGUCAUUUGUAAAUAUGACGGACAUUGAUGUGUUCUGUAAAUAUGAUGGACAAAAUUAGAGUAUACGUCAUUUAUAAAAAUUGAUUACAAAAGUAAUUGUUAUUAGAUUUACAAUCUGUUACUUAAAUUAUUUAACCUAUUUUCAAUGUGAUAUUCAUUUUAGUCAAUGUAUUGUACUAUUCCUUUGAAAUCGUUUGUUUGUUGAUUAAAACUGAGUGAAAACUCGU